UACACAUGCAUGGGAUAUUUUAGAAUGCAGUGACGUAUGAUGAUGUGCAUGUUGACUUCACUUGGGAAGAGUGGACUUUACUGGAUCCUUCCCAGAAGAAUCUCUACAAAGAGGUGAUGAUUGAGACCUAUAGGAAUCUCACUAUUAUAGGAUACAAUUGGGAAAACCAUAAUACUGAAGAGCAUCCUCAAAGUUCUAGAGGAGAUGAAAGUCAUGAACAAAAUCAAACUGGAAGGAAACAUAUUAUAUACACUCAAUGGGUUAAAGAUCUUGCAUAUCCCAGUACUCUUCAAAUAUAUGAAAAUGUGCAUACUGGAGAGAAACCCUAUGAAUAUAACCAAUGUGGUAAAGCCUUUGAAUUUCAAAGUCGUCUUCAAGAACCUAAAACAAAACAUACCAGAGAGAAACCUGCAAAGUUAAUCAGUGUGGUAAAGCCUUUUCAUGUCAAUAUAGUCUUCAAAUGCAUAAAAGAACACAUACUGGAGAGAAACCCUAUGAAUGUAAUCUGUGUGGUAAGGUCUUUGAAGACUACAAUUGAGUAGUCUUCAAAGACCUACAAGAACCCAUUCUGGAGAGAAACUCUAUGAAUGUAACCAUUGUGUUAGAGCCUUUACAUGGCACAGUAGUCUUCAAAUGCAUAAAAGAACACAUACUGGAAAGAAAUCCUAUCAAUUUAAUUUGUGUGGUAAAGUUUGUGCACAAUUCAGUUAUCUUCAAAGGCAUACAAGAACCCACUCUGGAGAGAAACCCUAUGAAUGUAAAGAAUGUGGUAAAGCCUUUUCAUUUCAAAACAGUCUUCGAAUGCAUAAAAGAACACAUACUGGAGAGAAACCCUAUGAGUGUAAUCAGUGUGGUAAAGCCUUUGCAAGUCAUAACAAUCUUAAUAGACAUAAAAGGAUACAUACUGGAGAGAAACCCUAUGAAUGUAAUCAGUGUGAUAAAGCCUUUGCAUGUCAUAGUAAUCUUCAAAUGCAUAAAAGAACACAUACUGGAGAGAAACCCUAUGAAUGUAAUCAGUGUAGUAAAGCCUUUGUAUGUCACAAUCGUCUUCAAAUACAUACAAGAACACAUACUGGACAGAAACCCUAUGAAUGUAAUCAGUGUUGUAAAGUAUUUGCAUAUCAUGGUACUCUUCAAAGGCAUAAAAGAACACAUACUGGAGAAAAACCCUAUGAAUGUAAUCACUGUGGUAAAGCCUUUCUAAGUCACAAUAAUCUUCAAAGGUAUAAAAGAAGACAUACUGGAGAGAAACCCUAUGAAUGUAGUCAGUGUGGUAAAGCCUUUGCAUAUCAUAGUACUCUUCACAGGCAUAAAAGAACACAUACUGGAGAGAAACCCUAUGAAUGUAAUCACUGUAGUAAAGCCUUUGCAUGUCAUAGUAAUCUUCAAAUACAUAAAAGAACACAUACUGGAGAGAAACUCUAUGAAUGUAAUCAGUGUGGUACAGCCUUUACACAUAAUAGUACUCUUCAAAGGCAUAAAAGAACACAUACUGGAGAGAAACCCUAUGAAUGUAAUCACUGUGGUAAAGCCUUGGCAUGCCAGUACAUCUUCAAAUAUAUAAAAGAACACAUACUGUAGAGAAACUAUAUGAAUGUAAUCAGUGUGUAGAGCCUCUGCACAACUCAAUUGUCUUCAAUAUGCAA